CACCGAGCUAUUAGCCAUUGCCACUCACCUCGAACACAAGGUCAUCGAGCACAAUGGCGAUGGCAGACACAAGUUUCCCCGAGCAAAGGAAUGAGCACAUGCUCCAGUCAGCGCUGGAGACUGCUUUCGAGUCCACAGACAUUGCGCCUAAAUCUACUGCUGCUGCUCCGGCCGCUCCUGUAUCACUCUCUGACACACCUGCAGUAACUUCGGAGGUCGCUGAAGCAUCUGAAGUUGUUGAAGAAGACGCAUGGAAAGGGGAAUAUGAGGCUCAGGUCGAGGAAUGGCGUGCUCAGUCAGCUGAAGCUCGUGCCAAAGCAGAGCGGGAGCGCGCACGGUGGGAGCAGAUUAGGAAACGUGAGGCAGAAGAAAGACAAGCCCUCGGUCAGGAGCCAGAAAACCCGGAUGCGUUGGGCUCACAUAUCACGUCCUCCUUCGCUGCUGCAAGUGAGGUGCUAGCCUCCUCGUCUGCCUCUCUGGUCUCGUCGUCCUUUGCGGAUUCCGGGCAUCUUGUUACUGCAGAAAAGAAGGCCUCGUCGAGUCAUUUGGAUGCCUCUCAUUUCAAGACGGAUAGUGGGUCUCCGUCACAGAAAUGGGAACAUAUAGAUUCAUCUCCCACUUCUUCCUAUCCAUCCAUGUCGUUUCCUGAGACUUCUUUUCCAUCUUCGCCGUCUCCACCGCACAUUGUAUUUCAAAAAACGCCAGGGCGUGAUCAACCUCAGCAGCAACAUCCUGCAGAACAAAAGCCCUCCACCGUGCCACCCUCCACCAUCCCAUCCUUGCUUGACAGCACACUUGCGCCACGGACACGAAUGUCUUUGCUCCUUUCCUCUCUUGCGAUCAAUCUAUUACUUCCUUUCGUGAACGGAGUGAUGCUAGGCUUUGGGGAAAUAUUUGCCAAGAACGUCCUAGUGGGGUGGAUUGGGUGGAAGACGCAGAGCGGCCGCACCACCGCGAAUGUUGGUAUUCGGAGAUGAUUCCCAUCUUGGUAGUGUGCAUACCCACUAUGUACUGACCAUUGGAAGCGUCACAAUGUUCUUGAAUAUAUUCGCUUAUAGGACUUCGAGCAACACCCGUCAUCAUGGGGAGCAAAGUCACUCCGUGAACGCCUUGUAUUGAUGUAAUGCAUGUUAUUUAAACUUUACAGGUUAUGAUUCCUUUCAUUGUCGUCAGUAUCAAUCAUGAAAGUUCUACAAAGAGGACUCGCCGGGAAAGGCUCGGCUCUGUGGAUGCAGUGGAUAAGCUCUGUCUGCGUGCGUAAUUCCUGCU